AUGGUAAAUUUAGAACUGAGGGGCUGUGUGAGCAAACUGCUCGCUAGGCGAGCAAAUGAGAGUUUUGACAGGGCUAGGCGAGCCAACUCGUUAGGUUGCUGGAACUCACUAGUUAUGCCUUGGUGGGCGAGUGGAACUACUUAUUGGACUAGUGAGGCUGGGUUCUUUGAUAGCAACAUUCUUACAAUGACAAACCACAGUUUUGAACAUGAUUGCAAGAGAAUCCACGAUUCUAUGGGAGAUUUGAGUCAGAUGAUCUCAUCUCUGAGUUGUAGAACCCUCCUUGAAAAACAAAAGCUCAAAGAGACCUUCAAGGCAAUGUAUGGAGAGGAGUUGGUAAGUUAUCUUCAAAGGUAUGAAGAUGAGUUUUGUGCUUCCAUGAACUGUUCUGCCUUGUCCUGGUGGAUGCUUGACCCACAUGACAGAGAUGCUGUUGUGGUCAGAGAGUCUCUUCAACAAGAUGAGACAGAUUUCAAGGCUCUUGUGGAGAUUUUCGUGUGCAGAAAAUCAAGUCACGUUCUUCUCAUCACACAGGCCUACCACAGAAUGUUCAGGAGACAGUUGGACCAAGAUAUUAUCAAUUUGGAUCCUCCACACCCAUUUCAAAAGAUUCUGGUGGCAUUGGCUGCAUCACACAAAGCUCACCAAGUGGAUGUGAACCAUCACAUAUCCAAGUGUGAUGCAAGGAGGCUCUAUGAAACUGGAGAGGGAAGCUUAGGAGCUGCAGAUGAAGCUGUUGUAUUAGAAAUUUUAAGCAAGAGGAGCAUUCCCCAACUGAAGCAAACAUUUCUUAGCUAUAAACACAUUUAUGGGCAUGACUACACAAAGUCUAUCAAUAGAGGGAAUUAUGGCCAAUUUGGUAAAGCUCUAAUGCUGGUUGUGAAAUGCAUUUGUAAUCCAGCACACUAUUUUGCAAAGAAACUGUACAGAAGCAUCAAAGGGGAAAGAAAAACUUUUGCAAGAGCAUUGGUAAGCAGAGCUGAGGUAGACAUAGAUGAGAUCAGAAGGGUUUUCAAGGAAAAGUAUGAUAAGGAACUUUCUGAUGUUAUUUGUGAAGACCUUCCAUCUGGGGACUACAGAGACUUUCUAGUUGCUUUGGCUACAAGGUCAUGCUGCAUAUGAUCUUGUAUAAUCUUUCAGAAUAGUAUAAAUCAGAUCACCUUUUAUAGUUUCCUUUUAGGUUUAAAUCUUUUUUUUGUCCCUAAGUUAUGAGUGGAUAUUCAGUUUACUUUCCGUUUUUAAAAAUGUAAACC